CUCACACGCGUCUGGGAAUCAUUACGCCUGUAGGCCCUAUUUCGUGUUAUCGUGCGAUCGAACCAUCGACACUGGCCGAUCAACUAAAUUUAUCAAGAUAAAUCCAGAGAAAUUUCAAAUCUUCGCUGAGAAUGGACGCCGAUGGCUUGCCACUAGUUGGUCCUGGGGUGGAUCUUACGAAGGUUGGAGCAAUUCAUCCUAAGCGAUUGCUAGCAUUCCUGAACCACUUUGUCACCCAUACUACCAGAUUCCUGAAUAAAUUUUCUUGUGUUUGUGAGCAGAAACUGUCAGACUUAAAUACCAGAAUACAAAGGCUUGAAGUUACAAUGAACAUCCUUGAAGCAAAGCUAGCAUCCAUUCCUGGUCUUGAGGGUGUGAGUGUGGAGGCAACACCUGCUCCAGGACCAACCCCAGAACCUGAACCAGCUGCUGCUGCUAAUUUACCUGCCUUACCUCCUUCGGAAGAACAGAAUCUGCCAGCAGUUGAGCCAGCACCAGAGGCUCCGCCCACAAUGACUGUCUCCCAGGACCCACGCUAUAUGAAGUAUUUCAAGAUGAUCAACAUGGGAGUACCUGUGGGUGCGCUGAGACAGAAACUUACACUAGAGGGACUAAAUCCUGACUUGCUUGAUACUCCCAAUGCUCCUGCCCCCCCAGCUGCUCAAGACGAUUCAGACUCUACCUUCAGCGAGAGCAGUGAAGAACAAGAAGAAUUUAGUGACUAAAACAACUUCACCAAAAUAACAGAAAAACAAUUUAUUGUAUGUGUCUUCUGCACAGGCUGACAUGUACAUUGUAAAUUAAACAAUUAUUUUAUGGCCAGCCAAAAGUGAAUAUAUAUUAAUACAUUCAUUCCGUUAACAUCAUGCUAACGUUCCUGGUAAAUAUUACCCGUAAAGUUCUGUCAAUUCAUUUUAAUUUUGUUGAACACAACAAAAUUGAAAUAAAUUAUCCCACAAAGACAACAUUGUGUUUGUGUGUAUCAGAUAUGACUCAACAUUUUAGAUGCAUGCAGUGGGUGACUUGAAAAGACAAAAAGUAAAUGAAGGUGUUUGAAAAAAAUUAAUUUGCAAUCAUUUCUAGAAAAGUCAAUCCAAACAUUGAUUUUAAGCCUGUUUGCAUGUGUGUUAAAAGUAACAAAUGUGCUAUGUUGGGUUGCAAGAUUUUUAGAUAUCAGAAUUGCAGUUUAUCAACUAAUAAUAUUGAGCUUUGGUUGGUUUUAAGUAAAAGGUUGCUUGCUUUGAGUAUUAGCUUAUAUACAUUUAUGCAUGUAAGAAGUGACUCUUAUGAGUUUUACUCAGUAUAACCUGAUCAUCCAAUAGAUCAAACAAAAUUUUUGCUGAAUAUAAUUUGCUAUCUUUUGUUGGAUAGUUCAUAAUUAAAUGUCUAAAGAAAUUCGUCUGUGAUAGAGGAAUUGCACUCUUGUUUUUCAAUGGUGUCCUGCCAUGUUAAAGGAACUGUUAUCGAAUACGAGCUGCAAGGGGCCUAUUCAAAAAUACUGCUAAUUCUUUUUAUAAUUACCUGUGUAUACAAGUAAUAAGUAUAUGUACAAUGUACAUGUAGAUACUCAGUAAUGUAGGAUGAUAAUUAUGAAUGAAGAUUCAUUAUAAACAUAUAUGUACAUGUAUAUAUCCACAA